CUUUCGCCCAUAUCCACUCAUCGCCCUCGUCGUUCGUCCUGCGUGUCUGCCCCAUGGCUACUCGAAUUCACACCAACUCACCCCUCCCGGCCCCGGCGUUACACGCCACCCAUGCGCUUCCGCAGUCUAAGUCGCACGUCCUAGCGGGUGUGCAAGACGCGUACUGGAGCGACGACGAGGCGGAGGACGCGGAAUGCCCACUCUGCCUUGAGGAGAUGGACAUAUCCGAUCUCAACUUCAAGCCAUGCCCUUGCGGUUACCAGGUCUGCCAAUUCUGCUGGCACCACAUCAAGGAGAACCUCAACAGCCGCUGCCCGGCGUGUCGGAGGGAGUACACUGAUGAUGCGGUCCAGUUCAAGCCGAUCAAUCCUGAAGAUCACAAGCGCUUGACACAGCAGAAGAAGCAAAGGGAACGCGAACGAAAGGAGCUAGAGACCCUCAACCGACGUCACCUUGCAAAUGUCCGCGUUGUACAGCGCAACGUGGUGUAUGUCGUUGGGCUUGGGCCGAGGUUUGCAAAGGAAGAGCUCAUACCAACUCUGCGUUCGAAUGAGUACUUCGGACAGUACGGGAAGAUCUCGAAGAUUGUGAUCGUCAAGCGCACGCCGCCUGGUGGGCGAGCGCCCGUAAUUGGUUUGUACAUCACAUACCACCGACGUGAAGAUGCGGCACGGGCCAUUGCAGCCGUCGAUGGUGCCUCUUCUCCCGGUGGAGGCGGUGAGAUCAUGCGCGGCAGCUAUGGGACAACGAAGUACUGCAUGGCGUUCCUCCGAGGCGUCAGCUGUGCCGACCAUAGUUGUAUGAACCUUCAUGAAUGGGGUGACGAGAAGGAUUGCUUCACGAAGGAAGACCUCACAACGCUCAAACACACCAUGAAGGAUACGGAGACGCGCUCGCGUACUACCACGAUCAAGAAAGGUGACGAGGCAGAAGGUCUUCCCCGUGCAGCAUCCUGGGCGAACAAGAGCAACACCACGCUUGCGAGCACUGCGCUGCACAAUAAUACUAGCGCUGCGAACUCAGUAUUGCGACAAACACGACGUGCCGGCACGACAACUCGACAGCAACGGUCGGGUUCGACAACGGCAACGAUUGGCCCUGCUAUCACUGAGAUUCGCAAGAAGGGCGUAGCUAAGGCGCCUUCACAAGCAUCUUCGUCGCGUCCUGCUACACCCGCUGGCCACUUGCCAAAUCGGCCCGUCACUCCUGCUGCAACAAGACAAGCGAGGGUCAAGGAGACCGCGCCGCCUCCUCCACCUCCACGAUCGCCGACGUCAUCUGUCGCUGUCGAUUCAGAUGUUGGCUCGGCGGCACCAGAGGUGCCUUCUCCGCAGUCCCCGUCGUCUGUAGUGCCGAAAGAGAUACCGGCAGCACCUCCAGGUCUUCCUGCCGUCCCUCCAGGUCUUUCUCCGGUGGUCCCGCCCGGCCUGGCUGCUCCUCCGGGCCUUCCCCCGCCGUCGUCAAGAGCUACUUCGGAAGCUGCGUCAUCGCCCCAGAUUCCCAUGCAACAUGCGUCGUCGUCAUACCAGAUGUCGACUCAAGCACAGGCUCUCAUGGAGGACCUCCGGGCGCGACGGGAAUCCACGAUUUCCGUAGCCGUCCAGAGUCCGUUCCCCGACUUCGACCGCAUGCUCCAGUCCCUGGGCAACGAUACGGAGUUCGGUGGCUUCAGCUUCAACCUCGACCCCAAGCUGGUUGGAGAUGUGCCGGAAGAGGCGCUCGCAUUGCCGGACUUCGACAUUGGUCCUGCAGUGCCAUUCAACGGAAGCUUCUUCGACGCCUUCCCUGCGCUGCGUCCGAGUGCGCAGACACCGCCAAACCCCCUUAUGCCCCCUCCCGGACUCGGUGUUGCAUCGCAACCACAUCGCGGAGUUUUCGACGCCUUGCCUCAGAGAGGGCCACUCGAGCGUCAAUCCACAGGAUCAAGCUAUACUGGUUCGUUCAACCCCUUCGGCGGGGACAACAUGGAUGACGCGCCCUCGCGCAAAUUCUCGCCGCUGGACGAAGAGCGCAAGGUCUCUCGGUUCGGGUUCGCGCGAGGUCGUCAAGGCUCGGCGUCAUCCCCACUUCACGCACCUUCUCCCCUCAGCAACCACGACAGCAUGUCUCAUGUCGCUCAUUUGAACAACGCCGCCGAGUACGCCAACCAUGGGACGCAGCAGUGGCCCUUCCAGGCUCGGCAUCACGAGUUCGCUCAGUACCAGAGCAGCUCUGCAAUGAGCUCGCCGCUGGCCCAGCAUAUGCAAGCCGCUCAGCAGCCGUUUGGGCAGCACCAUCACCAACAGCAACAACAACCGCAGCAGCAGCAGAUGAACCGUUUCCAGCAGGCGUACGACAACAGUGUCAGCGAGCAGCAACUGAGGGAGUUGCUCAUGUCGAGUCGCGACCGCACGAACGGAUCCAGGAACGGACCGAUGGAUCCAAGCUUAUACGGAGGUCCUCAGUACAACGAUCCCGCUAUCAUGUCUGCACGCAUGUCGUCUCCGAGCCUAUCGCAAACCCUGCAGAAUGGACGGUUUCCUACGUCCGGCCUAGAGGCCUAUGGGAAUCACCCCAUGUCGUUCGGCCCUCCCCCGGGGCUGUCCUUUCCUGCGGACGAAUCGGUAACAAGUCCGGUUAUCUCGAAUCACCACGGCUACGGAGGCGCAAGUGGGCCUUCGACGAACCUGGAGGUGUCGCAGACGAGCGGAUCCGCACAUGUGCGGAAACUGUAUCACCGGCCUUGAUCUAAGACGUGCCAACGGCCCGGUCUGCGCUCUCUUCCCAUCCCUCCACGCCCGCCCCGCACUGCUCGCUGUCUCUCUAUCUGGCCCACCCGGUAGGGUCCCCAUGAAAGUACGUUGACGCUGACAUACACUUGUUCUUGUUCGGUCUUCGACUUCUCUCCCCCUGCCGUGCCGUAUUGUUGUUUUUGUCCCCGUCAUCGUCGUCGCUGUCGCUAUUCGCUUGUGCUGUUCUCUCGUUCUUGCUGGCGUCCGCAGUUUCCGCGUCGCCCUCCCCUGCGCCCUCCCCGUCUCCUGCCCUCUCUUCUUCGGAUUUCCCUGCGCUGUCCGCAGCUGCUGAGCAUCCUGCUCCCCUCGACGCCCCACAGGCUAGCGAGGAACCUCCUGCGCCGACCGAGGCCUCGGAUCGCGCCGCGGAAGAAAAGGCGGCGCGGAAGGCGGCCAAAAAAGCCGCUGCGGCUGAGCGCGCCGCCGAGCGCGCCCGCAUUUCGCAGGAGAAGGCCGCCGUGCGCGCGGUGGAGAAAGAGCGCUUGGCGAAGGAGAAGGCCGCCGAGAAGGAGAAGCAGGCUGCGCUGAAGGCCGAAAAGGAGAAGGCUGCGAAGGAGAAGGCCGAGAAGGAGAAGGCCGAGCGCGAGAAGGCUGCAAGAGAAAGGGCGGAGAGGGAUCUGGCCGCAAAGGAGCGUGCGGAGAAAGAGGCCGCCGAGCGGGCUGAGCGGGACCGUGCUGCUGAGGCGCAGAGGGCUGCGAAGGCUACUAAACAGGCGGCCAGCGCGAAGGCCCAGAGCUCAGCGUCGCCCACUGCUGCCACACCCACGGACAAGACCGGUCGUAAGGUACAGGCCACGAAGCCCGCUGCCUCUUCUCCCGGUGCCCCCGAGCGAGUUGAGCAGGCACCCAUCCUCGCGAGGAUGCCGAAGAAAAACAAGCCUGUCACGAAGCCGAUCAAAAUCCCCAAGGAAGACAACACGCCGGACGCCGCUUCCACCCUUCCCUCCGCUGCUACCUCGGACGCUCCCCAGUUGCCGGAGGCCCGUGCUCCCGACAGCAGCUCGAACAACUCGCGCGCCCACUCGGUUGACAUCCCUCCCGUCGAGCCGAUGUCCAUCAAGGACAUGCUCCAGGAACUUCACGUUCAGUUUCCUUGGCUUGGGCUGUCGAAGCACCCGUUCUUCGAUUUGCAGAAGAUCAACCCGGCCUCGAAGGUGCCUCUGGAGUAUGGCCCCCUCGUCCACGCGUUGUCGGCUCUCUCCGUCGGCGGCGGUUCCUUUGCAAACAACAUGCCAUCCACUUCCAUCGACAAUGCUGUCUCUUCCUUCCAGCAGCUGCUCGAGACUCUGACCCAGACCAUCUCCGACCUCCUCCGCCUGUUGCCUCGCACUACCUGGGACGACAGCUCUUCCUUCGACGGUGUCCUCCGGGACAUGCUGAAGGGAGACGACUUCCUCGACGACGGCGGCGACGACCAGAACGGGCAAGGCAAGGAAGACGAGGUUGCGGCGCUGACGCUCGCGCUCGAGCGCCGCGCACGCUGGAUGGAGGUGCAGCUCUCGAAGCUCGAAGAGCUCCACCGCGACAUCAACACUGCCGCCGUGCGCGCGAUCCUGUCCUUCAACGACAACGGGUGGGACCCGAGCGGGUCGCUGCCGCGUCUCGGCCACACGCUGAACCGCUUCGACCAGAUCGGGCUCGUGAGCGCGGAGGACGGUGAGCAGCGGUUGAUGAGCGCGGACGAGCUGGAGAAGAAGCUCGGGGUCGCGAAGGAGGCGGCGCAGUUCGUGGAGGCGGAGCUGAGGGAGGUGAUGCAGAGCUUGCAGGGGCUGCGGCCGACGGACGACUACGAGGACUUUUGAGGCUGUAUCGUAGGGAAGACACAAAGCAUGACAUCUUGUAGCGCGGCUCGCUGCCCGUGUGGUGUAGUUUGAAUCAC